UGUAAACAUAUCCAGCGCACCUGUACGAUGCCGUAGUUUUGCACGCGCAUUUACGCUAAGCACUGAGACCAGAGACACGCUCGCGCACCAAAUCCAUUUACGGUGCUGGUAGUAGAUAGGAGCACUACAUCCUCCCUCUCUGCUCGAUGCGCUCCGGUCCCUCUAAACAAUUAUCCGCCGUCGUUGAGCCUCGGAAAGCCGGGAAACCUCACUGAAAACAGCGGAAGGUAACACCCAAAGAGAGCGGGAACGUAUUUUUUUUAAGAGAAAGAAUGGCGGAUCCGUGCAGCGAUGUCCCCGUCGAGGCCGAAGACUCUGAAAUUGUUGUUGAUACAACCGGGCCGGGCAAAGCAAUUAAUCCCGGUGCUGUGACUGAUCCUGGAGCGGACUCCGAUGCUGGCGCCGCCGCUAACGACGCAGGUCCUGGCACUGUCUCUGCACCUGAAACCAUCCCCAUUUCCGUCUCCAAAUCGGAGGGAGCAGCGGCCCCUGGUUCUGGCGCAGCGUCUGGUUCCGCUCCUGCCCGCACUAUAACCGAACCCAUGACAGUAUCCGGACCGGAGGAGGCAGCGCCCCCGCCCCGUUUACCAAAAGCAGAAGUGGAGACGGUGAAGGGGCAGAUAUUUGACGUCGGACCCCGCUACACUAACCUGGCGUACAUCGGUGAGGGGGCGUACGGGAUGGUGUGUGCAGCCCUGGACAACUGGACCCAACGCAGAGUGGCCAUCAAGAAAAUCAGCCCGUUUGAACACCAGACAUACUGCCAGCGUACGCUGAGGGAGAUCAAGAUCCUGCUGCGCUUCAAGCAUGAGAACAUCAUCGGGAUCAAUGACAUCAUCCGGGCGCAGCAGCUGGAAAACAUGAGAGAUGUCUACAUCGUGCAGACACUGAUGGAGACAGACUUGUACAAGCUCCUGAAGACCCAGCGGCUGAGCAACGACCACGUCUGCUACUUCCUCUACCAGAUCCUGAGGGGGCUCAAGUACAUUCACUCUGCCAACGUGUUGCACCGCGACCUGAAGCCCUCCAACCUGCUCAUCAACACCACCUGCGACCUCAAGAUCUGUGACUUCGGCCUGGCUCGGAUAGCCGAUCCGGUGCACGACCACACAGGCUUCCUCACCGAGUACGUAGCCACGCGUUGGUACAGAGCCCCAGAAAUUAUGCUCAACUCAAAGGGCUACUCCAAGUCCAUUGACAUCUGGUCUGUGGGCUGCAUUCUGGCUGAGAUGUUGACCAACAAACCCAUCUUCCCUGGGAAACACUACUUGGACCAAUUGAACCAUAUAUUGGGCAUACUCGGCUCACCAACCCAGGAAGAUCUGAACUGCAUCAUUAACGUGAAGGCUCGGAACUACCUGCUUUCCCUGCCGCACAAACCCAGACUUCCCUGGGACACGCUCUUCCCCAAAGCAGACCCAAAAGCCUUGGACCUGUUGCAUCGCAUGUUGACGUUUAACCCCAACAACCGCAUCACUGUGGAGGAAGCUCUAGCUCAUCCAUACCUGGAGCAGUACUACGAUCCAACUGACGAGCCCAUCGCGGACGAGCCCUUUGAUUUUAGAACGGAACUGGACGACCUGCCCAAGGAGAAGCUGAAGCAGAUGAUCUUUGAAGAGACGGCUCGUUUCCAGACGGUCAGACCGACCAGCUGAGGUAAAGCGAGGCUUGGAGCCAGAAGAUUGAACGAACCGUUUAAACAAGCGAAAAAUGCAUCCUCAACAAAAAAGUGAAAACCCCAACUAUAAACAUUUCCCUGCUUAUCUUUGCAUUUCUACAGCAGGACGGAGCUAAGUAUAAAGAGCUGUUAUUGGGAGGGGGGUUAUCCUGUUAAACCGGUACGGUUUUUAGUUUGUUUUCGUCAAAUUCUUCACUCAUCUCACAUAUUUCAUUGUUUUUAUGCCCAUUUUUAACACAUUUGGCUUUUCUGGCACCUUUUUCUCCUCAUCGACCCCCCCUCCCCACUUCCUCCAGUCCAUCCUUCCAUAAUGCUCUUAAUCUGGAUGGAGCUACAGCUUGGAAUAUUUAAAGGGUUAAACAGCAGGGUUAGGGAUGCUAGCUAGGUGUGUGCAUGUAAAUACAGAGUAUCUUGGAUUUUUUUUCUUUUUUUCUUAAAUGUGUUCGUCCUGUUUUUGUGGGUGAAGAUGUAUUUGGUUCAGACUUGGUGUGUGUGUGUGUGUUUUAUAGUCUUUUUUUUUUUUUUUUUUUUUAUUUCAGACAAUGAGUUUAUGUUUUUAGUGGCAUGUUGGCAAGUUUUCUUUACCGUUGCUCCUUUUAUUGUUAUGGAAACCCAGUUGAAUGCAUGCGUUCCUGAAACUGACCCUAUAGGGGAGAAAAACAAACAAACAAAAAAAAAAUUAUGCACAAAUCGCCCCAAGACAAAGCACACUGACGGCUCCAACGUGGAUUUGCAGCAUGAAGCACAUUGAAUGGAAUAAAGACUAGGAAAAGAUGGCUUCUUGAUAUACUGCAGCUGUGAUACCAAAGUCCCUUUUGUCGGAAAAGAUAAGCUCCUCCGUCUUUUUGCUUUCAAGUUCUUGUUUAGUUGCAUUUUUCUCUAGCUGCACCCAAGCAGCAGGAAACAAACCCAACCCACCAGGGACAUGCAUGACUGUACCUCUAACCCUUUUUUUUUCCUUUUCUUUUUUUUCCUCCCCCAUAUAACAUUCCUCCAGUGAUUAUUGUCACAGCCAACUGAAGCAUUCAUUAAUAAGACUCACUCUUUCAUGUUUAAAAACAAACACAUUCUGCUUCUUUUUUCAUUGCUUUAUUUAUUUCUUUAUUUAUGCUUUUUGCAGCUUUGAGCCUCCUACCCGUUACCUCAAAGCCUGAGUGAAACAGUGUUUUCUUAUUGAACGGUGCAUUUUUGCACAACACAAUGCAUGCUGGGAACACUUGGCUGUUAAUGUGACGGCGGUGAUUUCUCCCUGCCGCUACAUGCCAAACCCAUUGGUAAUUGCCAAGAAAUUUCAAUUUUGUUUUUUGUCUUUGCACUGCCAGUCUUCAUCAUUCUGUGUUUUAUUUUUUUUUUUUGCUGCAUAUGAACAAGGCCCUAUUGCUUCCUCAUAUCUGCCUGAUGGAGAGCGCUUAUUUCUGGUCCCUUCUCUCUCUGAAACUCUCUCCAUGCAUCUUCAGCUCUCCUCACCCUCCCUGUCCGUUUGGAUCCACUGCUUUGUGGCAAAUGUUCAUGAGUCCAGAGAAAUCGGCACCAUUUGCUUGAUUUUUGCUGAGACCCGUUAGGAAAAAAGAAGAAAGGGACCAAAACUGCACUGGAUGGCCUGUGGUGCAGGUCUCCCUUGGCUUGAUCUUGUGCUUUUAACCUUGAUGUGAGUUGCUGUUCUCCUGAAGCCAUAAGCAGCAAUCUAGGAUUGUUUUUUUUUUUCCUCUGGAUCCUUUUAUGUUUUUGCCAUUUUCCUCCAAAGUGUUUCGUCAUGCUUUACUCAAAGGGCUGCCUCCUUGCUUGUUGUCAGAAGCUGUUUCCCCUUGGUCCCCCUGAACGCUCAGUCCAAUCCCAACCCAAUCAGCACGUCUGCACUUUGUCUUUCAAGCCAUGCACCCUCCGUCGUCGUCCCCUUGCUGUGAAGACUGUUUGUGGAUCUGCACUGUUGAGCCCAGACUCACCCGUUUGUGUCUGUCUGGAUCAUCAUCCCCUGUUCGUUUUUUUUUUAAUCCUCCUGAUAAAUUCUCAGUGUUGCACACACAGGCCUCCUAACUUUUUUUUUUUUUUUUACCAUAUCCUCCCUGUUACAUGCCACCUGACCAAACUUCUUACUUUGGAAUAAUGAUCGACUUUAAAGGCCUGCCUGUCUUAAAGCCUGUUUGCUUUGUUCUUAUUAUUAAUGCUAUUUUAUUGGUGAUAGGCUUUUUUUCUCCUUUUUUUUUAAAUAAAAGGGAGGUAAAAUUUUAGUGUGUUUCUCUUAUUGCUGUUAUUAUUAUUAUUAUUAUUAUUAUUAUUAUUGAAAGUGUUUUCAAUCUUUUUGAAGCGUAGACUUUUUGUCUUUUCAUUUGCCCAACCAGAUUGUUUAAGGAUUUAUUUUAAGAUGUUUUACUGAGAUUGUCAAGGAGAGACGAGUUACUGAGAGUUCUAGUCUGUAUAUGCUAUGGGAAAUAUUAAUUAAAUGAUUAACAGAAACAGACUUAUAUACAUGUAAUUAAAUAAAAUUUCAUCAUGCUGUUAAA